UGAAAUGAAACGCGUUUGUGGCUUCAGACGGCGAGUGGCAGUCGUACAACAAAGACGUAGUAAUCCAAAGUUUCCAGAGGCCAAAAAUCCCUCCUGCUGAAAAGUUGGUCAGGCAACUUUUUCAAAAAAAAAAAAACAACCAACAAACCCGCUGCUUAAAAACGUACCAAGAAAUUCCUUUUACUUUUUGUCCAAUAUUUGGAAAAUCCUCUACUGCUAUAGAUGACCGAGAAGGAUACCGUCUCGAUGGCUACCGUGCAAAUGAAGCCUGAUUAUGCGGCUAGCGAGGUCUACAGCACCGCCAGCGAACCGCCACCGGCCUACAAGCGUCAGGCGAAUUCGGUGAAAAUUGCCAAGAUCACCGCCUUCACCAUCAUCGUGUCGUCCUUCGUUCUGGGAUCCUUCAUCCUGGCCUCAUCCUAUCUGCAGGCCAAGGCCUCGUGUGAUCAGGUUCAGGCCCUCGAUUCGGUGCUGGAAAAGGAGCUGAUGCUCGAAACUCUGCAGCAGGUGGGCAAGGAACUUCCCCGUGCUGAACCCCUGCUGGGCGCUGCUGCUGGAUCAUCCGAUGACUCCGAACUGCAGAAUCUGGAGCCAGAGAGUCGCAAGACUGUAGCCACCCACGAUACCGAGGAGCACUCCGACAAGGAUAACUCCUACUCCGACAGCGAUGAGACCGAUGAGCUGCAGAAGUACCCCGGCAAAAUGCCGCUCGAGCUGGACUUGAGUGACCUGGCUGCCGCCAUUCUGCGCAACAACAAGAAAUCUCGCAUGAACUGUGUGGUGGAGCGCAAGCACGCCGAGGAGAUCGUCGACUCGCCCUCAAAGACGGUUGCCCUGCCCUUCGGAGUCAACCUGACCACGGAUCCAAAGAAGGCCCGCAUCACGGGCGAGCGUAUCUCGAUCUUCUGCGACGGCGGCGAUGACAAGGAAAAGGAAGAGAAGGAGGCCAAGCGUCAGCGUGAACAGGAGGAAGAGGAUUCCGAUGAGGAUGCCGAGCCACUGAGGCCCAUGUUCAUUCCCUUCCAGCGUGUGCCCAUUCCCUUCGGACGCAUUCCCGAUCAGAUGCCUCUGACCCAUAUGCCCCAGAGAAUGAUGCCUCCAGCCAUGCAGAUGCACCAGCAAUUGCCUCAGCAACAGCAGGGUCCCAUCAUCAUCCGCCAGCUGCCUCCUCCAUUCCAGCAUCUGCCUAUGCGUCCACCAAUGCCACCACAGGUGAUCCAGGCCCCUCGCAUGGAAUCCUCCGAGGAGAUGCAGAUGCCCAAGGUCCAGACUCUGCGUAUUCACAUGCAGCAGAUCCCCUUCCGUGAGAUCCAUGUGGCCGAUGAUGUGCCCGUCCAGAUUCCCGCCCAGCAGCAACGUCAGGAGAUGCAGCAGCGUCAGGAGAUGCAGCAGCGUCAGGAAAUGCAGCAGCGCCAGGAGAUGCAGCAGCGCCAGGAGAUGCAACAGCGUCAGGAGCAGCGUGAGAUUCCCCAGAUCCAAAUCCAGCCCAUGCCUUUUGGAAUGGCUCUGCAGCGUGUUGGCAUCACCGCCGAGGAUCUCAGGAACAUCCAGCGCAUGGCUGAGGAUCGCAUCACCGAUGAACUGCGUCGUCUGGCCGCCGAAGAGGGUGCCGAGUCCAACGAGGGCAGUGAUGAGGAUGUCUCCAGCUCUGCCGAACAGGCCACCACCGAGGCCCAGACCACAGUGCAGCAGCCACAGCAGACCACCCAGCCUGAACAGCAUCAGCAGGAGGAGCAGCACCAGGAAGUCAGCCAGGAGCCGCAGCAGCCACAGGAACAGCAGGUGCCCCAGAUGCGCAUUCAGCGCUUGAUCCUGCAGCCCCUGCCUGAGCAGCCACGUGAUACCAUGACCCCGCCCAUGCCCGAUCAGCCCCAGCAGCUGCCCUUCGGACGCAUGGUCUAUGGCCGUAGUCUGGCCCAGCCUGUCCGCAUCCCGGUGCCCAUGAUGCAGGCCAUUGAGGGAGGAGCCGCUGCCCCUGAAGAGUCCCAGCGACCUCACUUCGUCCAGCCUCGUUCCGUUUAAGUAACAAGAAGACCACGCCUGUGAUUGCUGCUGUGCGAAUCGAAUCUCGACGAGAGGGUAGAACGAGAAGAACUAGGAGAAGGAGUCAUCAUGUCCCCAAACUAAACCCCAAGAAUCUAUUGAAUUGUAACCAGGUCGUCUCGAUUUGUUUUGUUAUUAAAGCAGCUUAAAAAAGUAAACGUAAAAACCAAAACAAAAUCAAAAAGUUUUAAAUAUUCCUUUUAAACAUUUUUGGCCUUCUUCUAAAAACGUUUUCUCUAUAUAUCAUAUUUGUAUAUUUUAUAAUAACUGCGUGUAUAACAUUCCAAAACAACAACAACAACAACAACAACAACAAACACAAAAACGGAAAGCAAUAUCCUGUGAAAAAAAGGAAAUUUUGAAAAUUUUCUAAGUGUUUUUUUUUCUUCAGUUUUUUUUGAAUUGUCUACAGUUUUGUUUUCACAUACACACGAAUAAAUCCGAUGGAAAUUUUUGUACAUAAAUUAUUAUCGUAUUUUUAAUUAAUUAAUUGUCUUGUGUAGUUGAUAGUAAAUUAAGAAAGAAGCUGAAGCUGAUCUGAUCUUGAUAUAAUCAAAUUCUAAAACCAACGACAGCUAAGAGAAAUUUGUACAUUUUAUAUGAAUAUAUAUACUAUAUACACACAAACACACAUUUUGAAGCGAAUAAAAUUGUGGAUAAUUGGAAAUCAAAAA